AUUUUUAUUUUUUAUUUUUACUCAUUCUUAAGGAGAUGUGAUAGACCCGGUUCACGGAAUAGGCCGUUUUGUCGGAAUCGGAGACUUGAGGACUUGGACUGAAAGAGAAAGAGAAUGGUAGACGACGAGAAGGUGAAGAACGAAGCGUUGCAGAUAAUAGGGCAGUACCAGAAUCUGCCUCGCCUUGUCGUCUUCGAUCUCGAUUACACUCUCUGGCCCUUCUAUUGUGAGUGUCGGUACGAGGAUGAAACGCCGUAUUUGUAUCGGGAGGUCAGAGGCAUUUUGUAUGCACUGAAACAGAAAGGAAUCGACAUGGCUGUUGCUUCAAGGUCACCUACAGCCGACAUAGCCCAAGCAUUUCUUCACAAAUUGGGUUUUCAGUCCCUUUUUCUGGCCCAUGAGAUAUUCUCAAGUUGGACUCAUAAAACAGAGCAUUUCCAAAAAAUUCAUAGAAAAACCGCUGUACCGUUUACUUCGAUGCUUUUCUUUGAUGAUGAGGACAGGAAUAUUGAAGCGGUAUCAAAUAUGGGUGUAACAAGCAUUUUGGUUGAUGAUGGGGUGAAUCUUGAUGCUUUGAGGCAGGGAUUAGCAGAAUUUUCUCUGAAGGCCAGUUCAUCUCAUUCUCGCAGGAGUAUGAAUGGUUAAAGUUAUUAUAUUACUCUUUAAACCAGAUGCAAGCAAUGGAUGUACUCCGUUUGUGCUGUCAAAGUUGAUAACUGCAACUUCAGAAGAAAAAAAAAAAAAAAAAAAAAAAAGGAAUUUUCAUAUUGUAAUUUUUAAUAGGUAUAUUCUUUUCUGUCUGGUUUUGUAAUUGUGCCAUCAAGAUUGGACAUAUUUUUGUACUUCGAUGGAAAAUGAAUUCUUUUGGGGAAAGUAAUAUACUUUUAGUUAUAUUUUUUUCA